GUGAGGACUCGAGCGGCGGCUUUCUGAAUUAACUGCAGCUUUCUAAUAGAUUUUUUAGUGAGACCUGUGAAGACACCAUUACAGUAGUCGAGUCUACUGAAGAUGUAGAAACUGAUAAAUAAUAUAGCCUUCAGUCUCUUAACUAGCAGAUGAGUCACCUGGGGUUGUAACUACAAACGGCUGUUUUUGGAUCAAAGGAGAUCCUACUCAAAAUGUCAGAUACAGAAUGUCCCUUAGCCACAUCUGUGUGGAGGCUGAGGUCACUGCUGCUGUCGGGGGGGGGGGGGCUCGUCUUCAGUGAGUAGUCCACACAUGGGCAGUGGGUGUUGAUGACAAAGGAGCUUUAACCUCUGCCCUCUUGAGACGCUGCAGUGAUCAAGGUGGGCCGUUCUCCUCAAUCUCCUCAUUCGGCUUGUCACACUCCCUGCCCCCUCUCACCCUGAUCUAAAUUCUACGUAUGCCCACCCAGUCCGGGUUUCAGCCUGGCACUCAGUGUGCCUGCAGACCAAGGCACACCCUGUUAGACCGAACAAAAGCAUCAGUGUCGUGCUGGAGAAUGGUGAGUGUGGGAUGAGCUGCACGAAUCCAUUGCACGCUCCCGAGACUUGGAUCCACACUUUAAUGGAUGAAACGUUAUGACCACAUACUGCCACAUCCUGCCUAGCAGAGCCAAAUAGACUUGGCACUCAUGAUUGAAUGUUCAUUCACUCUCUAUUGAACGGUCUGCUAUCUUGAACAAGGGAUUGUAUUGAGAGUUUCAAAACGAUCGCAUCAUAACUUGUAGACCACAGUUAAAAAUAACUUAAAAAUGCAUAAAAGAUUAGAAGAGCUAGUUAAUACAUUAUUUAAAAAAAAAAAAUCACAUACACAGUAUUGUGAUGUGGAAGUCCAGUGCGUGUAUGUUGCUCAAUUUGUUUAGAUAUUUGGUUAAUCUGUGGUGCAGACUUAUAACUGUCCAUUGUACAUUCCUCUCACAGCAUGUAGCUUUCUUAAUAAGCUUUAUAAACAAUACAGACACGAGCGGAGUUGUACUGAUCAAGUGGUACAAUUAGAGCCUUUGUGCUUUGGCUUUAUGCAUUUGUUCGUUUUAUGCUGUUUUCCAUCCCACCUAUCAGCUUGCAGCUCAGACUUCAGUGUCUAUCCUCAAUAAGCCCUCUGUAUGUAGACAGAGAAUGGGGACAAUACAGCCUUUCUCCUCCCUCCCCUCCUUUAUUACACUCACUGGCAAGUGCUGGUCCCCUGACAGAGGCCUUGACGUCACAAGCGGGAGAUGAGCCUCCCUGCAGAGCUUAAUUCAGCAAGAUCACUUUUUGGAAUUGAAAGUUAAAGGGGGAGGCGGCAGGUGGCCCGAGGCAUCAGGUGUUCAUGCAGAGACGCAGGGGGAAAGCGGAGAAGAGAAGCAGGUGAAUGAGCUCAGUAGCACUAGGCAAAUGAUAAGGGGAGUGCGGGACUGCCACAGCACUAUGUGUAUGUUGAGGUCAGACUCAAGAAGUACAUCUGGAGGAGGGAGAUCAUAUAUUAGUGGUCUGACCCUGGAUGCAAAGGAAAAGGACAAUGCAGUGGGACAAACACUUCCUUUAGUUUCUCUUUGGAUCUAUGUAUGAAGGUCAUCCUGAUUCUGCUGGACCAUGGCCUGUCAGACAAGGGCGGCAGUGGAGGUCCGUGUGCAAAGGCCUGGUGCUGGGGACCCUCCUCACCAGCUGCAUGAUCCUGCUUUACUGCCUCUCCACUCCCCAGACCCACUUCAGUCUGCCUGAGGUACCAGUGCCUUACUCCUGUGCCCACCGUCCAUCCCAGCUCCGCUCACAACAAGCCUCUGGCCAGACCUGCACUCCUAAAGUGGACAUCAUGUUCAUGAAGACCCACAAAACAGCCAGCAGCACGUUCCUCAACAUCCUUUUCCGCUUCGGGGAAAAGCACCAGCUCAAAUUUGCCUUCCCUGACAGCAGAAAUGACUUCUUUUAUCCGUCUGUUUUCCAGCGUUCCCAGGUUAAAGACUACAGGCCUGGAAUGUGCUUUAAUAUUAUCUGUAAUCACUUGCGUUUUAACGCACCCGAGGUGGCCAAGCUGUUACCUAUGGACAACCUCUACAUCACUAUCCUGCGAGACCCUGCAGAGCUUUUUGAGUUCUUCCACUACUUUGGCAAGCUGGUACCUUUCACCUGGAAGAUACCAGGGGAUGAGAAGCUGACAGAGUUUCUGCGUGAGCCCCAUCACUACUUUGACCCUGAGGGCUUCAACUCCUUUUACCUCAAGAAUCCUUUUUUCGACUUUGGACUGGACAACACUCUGAAGCUGGAUGAUCCCCGUGUAGAACAUGGAAUCAGAUUCAUCAUGGACCGUUUCCAGCUUGUCAUGUUAGUGGAGCACUUUGAGGAAUCACUCAUCCUGCUUAAGGAUGCCCUCUGCUGGGAGAUGGACGACGUGCUCUUCUUCAAGCUCAACGCCCGUAAGGGAUCCACUGUGUCUAAACUCACCCCAGAAUUGAGGGCCAAGGCUCUUGAGUGGAACGCUAUUGACGGGAAACUAUACCAGCAUCUCAACCAGACUUUUUGGAAGAAAGUAGAUGCGUAUGGACGGCAGCGGAUGGCUGAGGAUGUGGCAGAGCUCAGGAGAAGGAACGCAGAGAUGGCAUCCAUCUGCAUCGAGGGGGGGCGAGCUGUAGAAGCAGGCAGCAUCCAGGAGGACGCCAUGCAGCCCUGGCAGCCCAUCGGAGAGAAGUCCAUCAUGGGCUACAACCUUAAGAAGAAUGUGGACAAGGCACAUCGGAAGUUGUGCCGAAAGAUGUUGAUGCCAGAGCUUCAGUACUUAACAGAGCUCGGGGUUAACCUGUGGAUCACCAAGCUUUGGGGCCAUGUCAGAGAUAUCAUCAACUGGUGACUAGACAUGUGAGCGAGAGGGGCCAAUUCAACCCUGACAGACUGUAUUUGAAAAAGAGGAAUCUGACUGUGUGGAUGAUAACAUGACAAGUUUGAAGUUUCUGACACAUUCCAUCCUUGUCUCAUUUUAUUGAAAUGUGUUCAUUGACUUGAAUUCAUUUGAUUGUGCACUGUAGUGUACCUGAUGGGUGCUCAACUAAAAAUGAAACUGUAGACCUACAAUGUACAAGUAUUGAACCUGUUUGCUACUCGCAGAUUAGGCCUCGUAUUGUUAGGUAUUGUAGUAUUUUCUUUCUCUCAGAUUGUUCUAGUGGAGUGGAUAAGUGAACUAUAAAGUUCAUAUCUUUAAGGAAAUAAAAAUAGCCAUCCCUGCUAUUAUUAAGGGUGUUUGGUAAAAAUAAUGUUAUCUCUCUGAGCUAAAUAUUGUUUUAAUGAUUUGAUGUGCAUCCCCGAAAGUUAGCAUAUUUAAGUUCAAAGAGACUGAAUGCCCACUAAGGGCUAAAAUACAGAUGUGCAAAUAGUGAGAUGUAGAGUACAACCCACGUGUGUGUCUGUGGAGGACAAGAUCAGACAUCAUUUAGAAAAUAGUUAAAGAAUGAUUGACCUUUAUACUUGUCAUUACAAGGAAAACACAGGUGGAAUUAAUAAUCUUAAUGAUUCCAGAGCUGCUCAAAUGUAGCCAACGUUAUUAAUAUGUAAUACACCUGUGCAUCUCGUGCAGCAACAUGUCAAAAUAUCUGUCAUGAAAAAGGUCUGAUGAGUAAAGAAAUCAAUAAAUAGGAAAGUAUGUAAGCAAUCAAGAUGACCAUUUUUCUGAAGAUUUGUUUAGCUUAUCAGUUUUUAAAAGGAUCAGAUGUAUGUUGACUUUUUGUUGGCUAUAUAAAACAACAUUUUUGGCUUCUUCAGGGUUUGUAGCCAAUUAUCCUUUCUUCUGAUACCACAGUGUUACACUAAUAUCAGUCAGCCUUGCCAGGUGUCUUUGCAAGUAGAUUGAAUGAGAUUUUGGAAGGUUGCUGCAUAGAGAGACAAACGAAAAUUAAUUGUCAGCCAAGUGAAUGUUUACCCUAUCUAGAAAAGCCCUGUGGCCAUGACUCACAGUGUUAAGCUACAUGUGUUUUACACCUGCCUCAUUAAUCACAGCCUGCAGAAGUAAAAGGAUUUAAUUUAGGAUGACAUCAAUGUUGUUCCUGUUUAUGUACUCUUUUACUAAUGUAUUUCUUAAUGUCUGUCCAACACACACACACACACACACACACA